AUGACGGCCCUGCUCAGGUCCACGAGGCAGCUCCGGCCGUUUGCCAUUCGAGCCCCGGCCAUUCUGCAGCCCCAAUGCCGGCGGCGCUUCACCUCGGGCAAGACACACGAUGUUUCCGACUCCGACAUUGCGUCUCUCGCCAGCUUGCCCCAGCAUCCGUUGCGACUGGCCGACCUCGUAAGACAAGGCAGGCCGCCGCUUUCCGAGAGAUCGCUCCUCGCAUCCGCCAACUUCACCCUCUCCCUCAUUCCGAUCCGCCUCGCACGUCGCCUGCAGGCCCUCCAGAACCUCCCGUACAUUGUCGUCUCCAAUCCGAACAUCUCGCAAAUCUACAACAACUACCUACACUCCCUCUCCAUACUUCUUCCCUACUGGCGGACCGCCUCCAAGGGCCGCGCCAUUACCACUCUCGACGACGAAAUCAAAUUCACCAAUGUCCUCGCCGAGCUGGUUGCCACCCAUACCGACACCAUCCCCAUCCUGGCCAAGGGCUUCCUCGAGUGUCGCAAAUACAUCUCGCCAGCGGAGGUGACGCGCUUCCUGGACGAGCAUCUGCGCGCCCGCAUUGGCACUCGCCUCAUCUCGGAGCAGCACAUUGCCCUGCACUUUAGCAGCCAGCCUCAUUUCGAUCCCGGCGCCAGUCCCACGCCGUGCCCCGAGCAUCCCACAUACAUCGGCGUCAUUGACACGGCAUUGAAGCCUUCGGUGACGAUUGAGUCCUGUGCCGGCUUUGUGGCUGACAUCUGCGAGCUGCGGUACGGCAUACGGCCGAAACUCAUCAUCAAUGGCGAGCCCGAGACGACGUUUGCCUUCUUGCCGAUGCAUCUGGAAUACAUCAUCACGGAGCUCUUAAAGAAUGCGUUCCGAGCGUCCAUCGAGAGCAGGUCAAACGAACCCAUUGUCGUCACAAUCGCCCCUGAGCCGCCGCUCAAGCACCAGCCCGGCGAGCUUCCAGACAUCAAGCCGCCCGCGGAAGACCUAGGCCCCUUCAAGAGCGACGCCAUCAAGCCCCUGGACGAUAACGCUCCGGGCGUGACGAUUCGCAUCCGAGACCGCGGCGGCGGCAUCCCGCCGGAUGUCCUCCCCAACAUCUGGUCCUACUCCUUCACCACCUUUUCCGAAGACGACGACAUCCCCGACUCUGGCGGGCACGACGGAUUGAACGCCAUUGCAACCGCCAGUACGGGCGGCAGCUCCAUUGCCGGCCUGGGAUACGGUCUGCCGCUAAGCAGGGCCUAUGCCGAGUACUUUGGCGGCGGCAUCAACGUCCAGAGUCUGUACGGAUGGGGAACGGACGUCUACCUCCGCCUGAAGGGCGUCGGAAAGGUCGAUAAAGGCGUGAGCGACGAUGCGGAAGAAGAAAAGUGA